AUGAUCGAGCAUGAUGCCAAUAUCCCGGACAAAGGUCCCCUAUUCAUCAGGGUUACCGGGGCUUUGACCGCGAUUGCAUUCAUCUUGGUCGCCCAUAGGGUGCUAUGGAAGGUGUACAGACAAACUGCCAUCUCUGCAGAUGAUGUGAUCAUCCAGGUUUCGAUGAUCAUACAGAUUGUGAAUACUGUUAUGGGCGACUUGGCGUGCCACUAUGCAUUUGGUCGUCAUCGCGCUGACAUUGUACGGUCAGGGGGCAAUUUGGUACUUGCGCUGAAGUAUUUCUGGCUCUUUCAAAUCCUCUACAAGACCGUCCUCUGUCUCAACAAGCUCAGCUUCCUGGCUUUCUACCUGCGAAUCUUUCCCACGCGGCCCUUCCGUAUUAUCUGCUGGGUGACCAUCGGUCUCGUCAUUUCCAGCACCUUCGGAUUUGUGCUCGCGACGAUCUUCCAAUGCAUCCCGGUCCAUACUAGCUGGCACAAGAACAUCCCCAAGAAGUGUGUGGACAAUGCGAGCUUCCGAUGGUCGUGGGCGGGCUACAACACGGCGAUGGACAUUUGGGUCUGCGUGCUACCACUGCCGGUUCUCGCGCAGCUGCAUCUCGACCGCAUCCGCAAGAUCGGUGUGAUGCUCGUGUUCUGCAUGGGCUUGUUGGUGUGCAUCACCAGUAUCAUUCGGAUGUGGGCAAUGGAGGCAAGCACCACCACGCAGGACCCGACCUGGGGCUCGUUUGAUGCCCUGCUGUGGAGUGCCAUCGAGGCAAGUACGGGGAUUAUUUGCGCUUGCUUACCGUUCCUGAAGCACUCUGCCCAGAAGCUGGUUCCCAGUUGGUUUGUCUCGCUUUCGAAUGGAUCGCGCAAGUCGCGCAGUCGAGCCACCAGGACCAGGACGGGGCGGAGCUAUCGUAUGAGUCGGUUGGAGUCCCAGGAAGGCACGCAGCUCGGCCAAGAAUGGCGGGUGGAGCGACACGAUCCUGAUGCGGAUGCUGAGAGCGUGGGGAGCCAGGGGGCUAUUGCCAAAGGCCAGAUCAUUCUCACUACCGCAAUUGACAUGCACAGUGAACCGGCACCGAAAUAA